AUGGAACAGUAUGAGCCCAUCUUCAGCAUCGGUCAGGGCUCCAGCGCUGAGGUCUUCCUGAUGAGGAACGCCAGGACGAAGCAGCUCUUUGCGGUCAAGAAGGUCAAGACGGUGCCCGGGAAGCGGCUGCGCAGUAAGGAGGCCAUCUUGCAGGAAGUGGCCAUUCUGCGGCAGCUGCAGCACCCCCAUGUGGUGGCUUGCCACGGCCACUUUCUGGACACCGAGGAGGCGCAUGUUUUCAUUGUGCAGGAGUAUUGCGAUGGGGGUUCCCUUGACCAGCAUAUCCAGAAAGGGGGACCCUUUCCCGAGAGAGUCAUCAUGCGGUGGUUCGUGCAGCUGGCUCUGGCGGUGCAGUACAUCCACACCCUGAGGAUCUUGCAUCGGGACAUCAAAGCCUCCAACGUCUUCCUCACUCAGACCUGCAUUCUCAAGCUGGGGGAUUUUGGCAUCUCCAAGGUGAUGGACGGCACCUUGGAACUAGCCAGCACCUUUGUGGGCACGCCCUAUUACCUCAGUCCUGAGCUCUGCAGGGAUCUGCCCUACAGUUCCAAGGCAGAUAUCUGGGCCCUGGGCUGUGUCCUCUUUGAGAUGUGCGCCCUGCAGCCGCCCUUUCAGGCGUUCAGCAUGAUCAGCCUCUUCCACAAGAUUGUGAACUCCAGCCCCAGCCCCAUCCCGUCCUGCUACCCGGCCCCCCUGCACGGCCUCAUCCAAAGCAUCCUGCAGAAGGACCCCGAAGCCCGGCCCAGUGCCAGCACCAUUCUCACCUUCCCCUACGUCCAGCAGCACCUCAGCCUUUACUUCCUCCACCGGGACCCUCGGCUACCCUGCCAGUUGCAGACAGAAGCCGCUCCCGAAGGAGAGGGGGCUCAGCCCAGUCUGCCCGAGGCUGGCACAGCGGGCACCCCAAGCUCCCCGAGCGGUGCAGCCGAGGCACCCAGCUCUGCCUGGCUCCCCUCUCUGCAGCACAACCAGAACCUUGCAGACAGCCUGAGCUUCUGCAGCAGUGCUUCGCAAUACUCGGCCGACUUUGAAGAAACGAGCACUUCUUCUGUCGGCAGCAGCUCAGAUGCAGAUCUCCCUAUCAACACCGAGGCAACCGAAACCUCUUCCGAGGACAACUGGGAGGCCCAAGACUUUGAGGACUCGGAGGAAGCCGCCCUGGCCGAUGCAGUGGACACUCUUGAACGGGCCAUGCAAGACAGCAAGUCCUCUUCAGCCCCUGGGAGCUUGCGUAAGCAGAUAGAUGACAGCGACUUUGGUGCAAGCGACUCCAGCAGCUUCGCCUCCAAGGACUCGGAGCAUCUGUUAUGCUCAGAAGACUCCGAGCACACAGAGAUUGGCCGUUCACUGCAAAGUCUAGAUUUGGGACACGGCAAGGGGAGCAUCGGAUGCAAUCCAAAGCAAACGUGA